GAUAGUGGGGUGAAUGCCCCUCAUCGCCGGUUCGGCCAAUGUUUUGAUCGGCUUAGUAAAUAGCUUUCAAAUCAGAGGCGAUCAACGUGAAGAUUCAGACCACGACAUUUAUUCACAUACUGCGCGCAAAGCUCAUUUAACAACGAUUCCUUCAUCUGCGACGCAUUCUCUACGACUCGUCAGACGCUACAUUCAUUCACAUCUUCACCGCGAUGGGCCUUACCAAGGUCAAACACAUCAUCCUGGUCCUCUCAGGCAAAGGAGGAGUAGGCAAAUCUUCAGUCACAACCCAAUUAGCAUUGUCGCUCGCUUCAGCCGGUCACUCUGUCGGUAUUCUCGAUGUCGAUUUAACCGGCCCUUCAAUCCCCCGCAUGCUCUCGAUCGAAGAGUCAAAAGUCACCCAAGUACCAGGAGGAUGGGCGCCCGUGUUAGUACAUGAAGGAGACUCAUCCAAAGGCCUCGGAUCUCUACAUGCGAUGAGUCUAGGCUUCCUCCUCCCAAAGCGAGGCGACGCAGUUGUUUGGAGAGGACCAAAAAAGACAGCAAUGAUCCGACAAUUCCUCAAAGACGUGCUCUGGGAUGAAACCGACUUUCUACUCAUCGACACACCACCCGGAACAAGCGACGAACAUAUAUCCCUCGCCGAAACGCUCCAAAAGGACGCACUGCCCGGCCAGGUCGCGGGCGCAGUAGUAGUCACAACACCCCAAGCCGUCGCGACAGCUGACGUACGAAAAGAGCUCAACUUUUGCACCAAGACCAACAUACGGGUAUUAGGAGUCGUGGAAAACAUGAGCGGCUACGUGUGUCCGCAUUGUUCCGAGUGCACCGACAUAUUCGGGUCAGGAGGAGGGAAGAGCAUGGCGGAGGAGUUCAAGGUUCCGUUCCUGGGGAGUGUUCCUAUGGAUGCGCAGUUCAUUUCUCUGGUUGAGGAAGGUAGACGACCGACUUACCCGUCUGGUACGACGGUGAAUGGGAAGGAUAUUUCGGGGACGAACGGUGAGGGAGAGGGAGAGGGUUUGGUUGAUAAGUACCGGGAUUGUUCAUUGUUUCAUGUUUUUGGAGAUAUUACAGAAAAGGUCAUGACAAACGUGGCUAAUUGAUCCACUCAUGUCUGCGACCAACAUCAGGCAAUUGGCUGUUGAGUGUUUGUGUCUGUCUUGAAUGCCUGCAAGUCUGUCGUCCGAGUGUCUCAUCACAAGCAACUUCAACGGCACUGACUCACCCAGGCACAUGCAUUUACGAAUAAACCCAUAAUUGGCUCACUGCAGACUCACAGCCUCUUCAAUGUGCAUCUCUUCCAAGAAAGUUACAAUGACGAAACUCGUGUGGCCAUUACAAGGAUCUCCAAGCCCUGCCCCACCAAACCCAACACGCCAACCCAGUAAAAAUCACCCUCCUCCCCUCCCAAAAAAGCUCAGCGCGGGUGGAAUUUUUCUCUCUCUCGUAAAAAAACCUGCAGUUUUCGGCCCAGAAGCCGGGGACACGCUCUGCUUCCCCGGGUCGUGGCACUGUACUUGUACCUGGGAUUGGGCAGGAUUUGACGACUCGCACUACGUAGCUCCCACUAAACUGUACCUUACAGCUGUUUGGGUUGGGCUUGGAGAAAUAGCACCGCCUUAUUGAGACCUUAGCACAUUGGAUCGGGAUGGAAGAGAAAUUUACUCUCUGCUCGCAAAAAUAAACCCCAACCCCUCCCACUUCUGUCAAGAGACCCAAAAUUCUCUCACCGACAGAGUAACAUAAACAAACAAGCAUCAGUCACUUGUUCUUUGGCUUUCCAUCUGUUAUCCUCUUGUCUCUUUCUCUUUGUUUUGCCUCGCAUCCUCUGUUCGCACUGCUCACGCGACCGCAAAUUUGGUUACAAGUUCAAUGUCGAAUAAACGUGUCUAAUCUCUCGAACAAUCGACGGUUCUCUCGAUACCGUCACUGACCUUUCUUGGUUCCUUUACUGGGCUUCUAUGCGGCCGACGGAUCUUCUGCGCUUCCUGUUCUCUCGACCUUCCAAGCCCCGAUAGCACCCCUUCAACGCAUCUGCCGAUUCACACAUCUUCCAAGUAACUUCUACUGCCACAAUUCCGUCAAAAGAGCUCUACCACUUCAUCCGCUCGCGACCUCCCUAACGUCCCCGAGACGUUACCCCCCGAUCGAUCGAUUGCUGCUGGCUCCGCCAGCAUCUGAACAAGUCCCCGUACCUGUGGGCCUACUCUCUCAAACAGACGCCGCAUAGUCUGUUUGAGCGGCAGCUAGUGCUCCGCGGACUCUGCCACCGGGCAAAGAACACUGACCAACCGCCGCCAUGACCUCCGUCCCGUACAACUGCACCUUUUCGCCUGCCUCGGCUACACCUCAUCUGACAAUCAACCAUGAUGUAGCCGCCGACCUCGACUCGACCAACGCUUUUGAAGGUCCUGAGAAGCUUCUCGAGGUUUGGUUCGCUCCUAGUCCGACGACUCUGCCUCCUACUGCUCCCGUCAAUGGCCUAAAGGCAGUUCCAGCUGAUACUUGGGUUCCCAUGCUUGAUAUGGUCAAUUGCAAGGUCUUGUCUGUUCUUGAGAGUGAAAUGAUGGAUGCUUAUCUUCUCUCCGAGUCGAGCAUGUUUGUCUUUCCUCACAAGAUCAUUCUCAAGACUUGCGGCACCACUACCCUUCUUCUCGGCCUUCAACGAAUGCUUCACAUCGCCGCCAAACAUGGAUUCCCAUUCCACAAUGCCAAUUCGGCCGACGACAUUCAAGCAGCAGCGACUCCAUACCGAGUAUUCUACAGUCGCAAAAACUUUCUCUUCCCUGAGAAGCAGCAAGGCCCCCACCGCAGCUGGAAACAAGAGGUCAAGUAUCUCGACGACAUGUUCGACGGAGGUAGUGCCUAUAUGGUAGGCAAGAUGAACGGCGAUCACUGGUAUCUGUACCUCACCUCACCCAACCAGCAAGCCCUCACGCCACCUCGUACACCCGGUGAGGUCGAAGGCACCAAGAUCCCCGUCGGGACAUCCUUCAAUGGACUCCCAGGCAGUUACCAUGACGAGACGCUCGAAAUCCUCAUGACGGAUCUCGAUCCCGAAAACGCCAAGCAGUUCUAUCUGUCGCACGCGAGUGCGGUCGCCAGCGACAAGAUGGCUGCAGAGGCGAAGGAUGCACGCGAGGAAGCCAUCAACAGCCUUGGAGGGCUUGCCGAGACUGUUGACGAGGUUGAUGUUUUCGCGAACGAAGACGACACCAUGCUCGACUCAAUUGAGGCUCUGACCACUGAAGGUCACGCAUUGGGGACUGUCGUCUCGGAGAGUUGCGGCCUCUCCAGCGUCUACCCAACCAGCAAGUAUCCCGAUGCGCGAGUCGACGCAUACCUGUUCAGUCCCUGCGGCUUCUCGGCCAAUGGCGUCGUCCCUCCUGAGGCUGGAAAGGGUGAGCAUUACUUUACAGUUCACGUCACCCCCGAGCCUCAGUGUUCCUUCGCUUCAUUCGAGACCAACGUCCCUGGUGGUCAGAGUGGACGUACCACGACUGAGAUUAUUGAACAUGUUGUAGACAUCUUCAAGCCCGGUCGUUUCAGCGUCACUCUUUUUGAAGCAAAGGGUGCAGCUCAGAACCCAUACUGCAUGGGCGAUGAUGAUUCCAACAAUUGGGCUGCCAAGCGUCUUGUUGACCCUGUUAGAGGAUACAGACGCAUUGAUCGUAUUGUUCACGAUUUUGAGGAUUACGAUCUUGUCUUUCGCUUUUACGAACGUGAAGGAUGGGCUGGAACUAAGAACGCUCGUGUUGGAGAGCCUGUUAGUCCUACCAAGUGAUUCUCACUGACAUUUGGACCAUCAUUUUUGUCAUUGUCAUUGGACUGUCAUUUGUGUCAAUUGGAGGAUGCGAUGGAUGCCUGUCAUUCCCGAGUGCCUAGCAUGUGUCAACUUUGUUGUUUCUUGAGAUAGUUUCGCUCUUUGAGAUCGCUUUUGAACAUGUAUUUUGAAUUGAUCAUUUUGCGACAACUUUGCGACAGCCACUGAAUGAUGCCCUGUAAUGAUGAUCAGAACCUAAAAUUAGUGCAUGCACACUAAAUCAAGCCUGUACCAGGCGUACCCAAGGAUGACAAAA